AGUAUAGUGAGUCUUACACAAUUUUAAGUUAUUUAUGUAUCUUUUUUGACUAAAUAUAUAGCAAAGUUUAAGUUUUCCCUCCAAUAAAUCCAUUUCAUAUGUAAUUUUUGUACGUUUUUAAGUUAACAAUGGAUGAUCUCGUAAUUGGAAUAGAUUUAGGCACGACCAACUCCUGCAUUUCUUUGUACAGGAAAGGGAAACUGAAAAUUUUAGAGAACCCCGAAGGAGAAAGAACUACACCAACUUUUAUAUUUUUUCAGCCAGAAGGUGGAGUAAUCUUUGGUAAACACGCACCGAAAGUGGCGAGCAACCGAACAGAAAAUGGAAUUUACGAAGUAAAACGACUGGUUGGAAGAACAUACAACGACCCGAGACUUCAAGAAAGCAUAAAAUAUUUGUCUUACAACGUAAAACCAGACGAGUCAAAUCUUCCUGUGGUCACGCUGAAGCAAAAUGGCAAAAUUGUCACCAAAACGCCACAAGAAGUGUACACGGCUAUUUUGAAAGAACUAAAAAGGUAUGCUGAAGAGAAAUUAGAUCACGCCGUGAAAAAAGCAGUCAUAACUGUUCCCGCAUAUUUUAACAUUCUGCAAAGAGAGGUUACUUUAGCUGCCGCCAAAGAGGCAGGAUUCAACGUUCUAAAACUCUUGAAUGAACCCACAGCUGCUGCUUUGGCUUACUAUUUUGAAAACGAUAUGAACCAAAAGCGAAGGUGUCUAGUUUACGAUUUGGGAGGGGGCACUUUUGACAUUGCCGUUCUUGAAAGACACGGAAGUAACAUUCGCAGUAUUUGCGUAUCCGGAGAUAGUCAGCUGGGGGGUCACGACUUGGACAAGUGUUUACAAGCACACGUCCAUCGAGAAUUAAGAGGAAAGUACAAUUUUAUUGUCGACAGUCCUGAGGAUAAGAGGACGUUGCGCAAUAAAUGCGAAGAGGCUAAAAAACAACUGUCAACGACAAAAGAAACAGUAAUUGUCAUCAACGGAAUGGUACCACAACACCCGAAAAUCAAGAUAAUAAUAACACAAAAAGAGUUUGAAGAACUCGCAGAUAAUUUGUUUAAAAGGACUAUGCUCAUCCUUGAUGAAUGCCUCGGUCGUUCAAACAUUUCGAAGGAGUCAAUUGAAGAGGUGAUUCUGUGCGGUGGUUCGUCCCGGAUUCCCAAAGUCCAGAAUUUAGUCUCCGAAUACUUCGACGGGAAAAAAUUAAGUAAAUUCGUGAAUCCCGACGAAUGCGUAGCAGAUGGGGCUGCUCUUCAAGCUGCCAUGAUGUCGAAACACCAAAGCCAAGAAAUCGACGUAAUCAAAAUGGUCGACGUCGUGCCUUUGUCCCUAGGCUUCAGCAACGUUGCCAACGAAAUGAAUUUUCUGAUUAUGAGAAACACGAAAAUACCAGCUAGCGCUAGUAAGGUUUUUAGAACUAUAAUAGAAAACCAACGCUCGAUGCCGUUUCAAAUAUACGAAGGCGAACGUUCAGACGCCAGAUUAAAUCGCCUAAUAGGAAACUUUACCAUAAAAGACUUGACCCCAGCACCGCCUGGCGCACUGAAAAUAAUUGCCACGUUGAGCAUUGAUCAUAACGGCAUUCUUACAGCAACGGCAAAGGAAGAAGGUAAAGAGAAGAAAGAACUCAGUAUCAAUUUUACUAGAGGCGCUCGAAGCGAAAGAGAAAUUAUAAAUUCCAUAAAAGAUGCUGAGGUCAACCAAGAGUAUGACGAAAAGUUCAAAGAUUUUGGCCGCCUGAAGCGCUACUUGAUUGAAUACUGUGGAGGGGUUAUCUACAACAUGGAAAAAAAGAAAUUGGUUAAAAAAUAUAAAAUGGCGUAUGAUUUUUGCAAAGCGUGCAGAGACAUAGUUGCGAAUUUCGAAAUGAAUAAAGUAGACGAACUUAAAACGCUGAUUGAGAAGUGUAAAACGCAAUGUGAGCACAUUGCACAUACACAUAAAUUUAAACAUAUGCCAAUUGCUGCAGCGUACAUUUAACUGUAAGAGAAGCAAUGUGACGGUGGUGAUGAGUUGAUGACGGAUUGGAUAUUCAUUUGAUUGGACAGCGUUAUAUCUUGGAAGAAAAUGUUGUUUAAUUUAGAAACAGUUAAAUCUAUUUACCUUUCUAAAAUUGUCAGCUUUUGUUUGAUUUUCUGUCUUCGAUAUUUAUAAUAAAACUUCAUGUUUCUUGA